AACUAUUACCGUAAUUUCCGGAAGUUUACGACGAACCCGAGAUGGAUCGUAAUGUUAACAAUUUCCAAAGUUUCAUUGCAUCACAAUUCCUUCCGCAACACCCUCAAGCCGCACACCUUCCGGCCGCGCACCAAUAUGCACCCGUUCAAUCCAGUCCGAUUGAUUUGACGCGUCCCAUUCCAGCUCCUCAAAUUCCUCCCUACAGAACUAGCGUAACUCCAGAGCCUAGACGUUUAGAUUAUUAUACGCCGAUAGAGAAUCGAGUUCCAUCUGCUCCUUUGCCAGCUUAUGGUGCUCAUGCUCGAAUUCCUAUAAUCCACAUAACUCCGGAAAAUCACCAUUUUGGACGGACAGUAGAUCCUAAGGUCAAUUACUCACAAGCACAAAAAGAUGCUUUUGAUAGUGCCAAAGGUCAUGAGGCUCCCAGCAGUAACAAUUAUCAAAAUAAACCUUUACUGACGUCGCUAUUAAUGAAAAAAGAUGACUCAAAGUCGUCGUCGUCGUCAUCAAAGAGAACAGCAGCAGUUGUAAAUGAAAAGACCGAGAAAAGAGUAGAACCCGAGAAAAAAAAGACUAAAGAUAGUCAAAAAUCUCAUCAAGCAAAUAUUCCCCUUGAAGAGGAAAAGUACAAAUUUUACAAUAAACGUCAAAUGAUACUCAAUAACAUUCCCUCUCCUACCAUGUCAUCCCACUUGUAUAAUAAACAUCAGGAACAUGCGAUAAAUAGGGCAAGUGCUGGCUCUAUUACCGACGGAGAUGAAAUAUUCGAGGCUAUUCGUGUUGUUGUUCAAAAAUUAUUUGAUGAUAAAUUAAAUUCACUUGUUAAAGAAUUCCAAAAUUCAAUAAUCAACUUAGCUGUGGCCAAUAUGAAAAUAAAUCUAAAAGCUACCGAUGAUCAAAUUGAACAAUGGAUGAAUUCAUUUUGUAGGAAUUUGUUAGAGAAUUCAAAAAGAUUAUAUCCAGUAAAGGAUGACGAAAACCACACAAUUGCCGACGUAUCUGACAGCUCUACGUCAGAUAUAUCAGAGAAUAAAUCAGUUAGGGCAAGAAAGAAACAACUUUUUGAGAAGAGGAGUAGGAGAGUCUCUCCCUCUCCUUCUCCAAGCAUAGAGAAAAUUCCUAAGAAAAAGAAGAAAGUCGGCAGACCUUUACUUCACAAGUAAGUUAAUAUCUAUUUCUAAGAAAAAUCAUAUAUAACUCGUUGUAAGGAUUAAAUAUAAGCAAUCAUCUCGGUACAAGUACUAAAAAUGUAGUAUUUACAACUAAGGAGUAGUUCAAAGUAUUUGAUCUGUCUAGUCCCAAGUUGUAUAGUGCAUAUUUAGAGUCAUGUAUGAAUCGGAUCAGAGCCUUCUUAACAGUAGUAAUAACGGUAUUAAUUCUGAUAAUAUGCAAAAUAAACUAUCUCCGUUUAGGUUACACAAGAUGAAAGAAGUAAUCGUUAGAGAAGGACGCUUGGUAAGUACUUUAAUCAAUCUAAUAAUAAUUUUAGUUUUUUUUUUAUUUUCUCUUCUUUUCUUUAUUUAAAAAUAUCUUCAUUAAAUUCACAGUGGGAGCCGGAAAAUUUAACGACCGAAACACACUUCUUAAUGGGCGCAAAAGCUAAUAAAGCUCUAGGAUAUGGUGCAACAAGGGGCCGAAUGUACAUAAAACAUCCAGAUAUAUUUAAGGUUAAAUUCUUAAUUAUACAUCGUCUAUUUUGUAAAUGUUUUUCUCCUAUCAAUCUUCCUCUCUCUCGCUCUCGUUUUUCACCUUCUCUACUUAUAAUUUACAUAUUUAUUGUUAAAUAUUAAUUAUAUUCUAAAUAGUACUGCGCCGAUUCGGAUGAUAAAGUAUGGCUUCAUCAGCAAAAAUUAAUGCCCGCCACUGGCGGAAGGGCAUAUUUAGUUCUUCAGGAAGAUGUCGACAGAAUCGUCGAUAUGGAUGAAUACAAGUAAAAUUAUUUACAUACAUUCCACAUAUACAAUAUAUUUAUUACUGAUUAUUAAUUUUCUCUUUAUUUCCUCUAUUCCCUUCCCCAUCCUCAUCGACUCGUUAAUAGAGAUCUUGACAAAACUGAUAUAAGAUCAUUAGCUGCGUUUUCUGUGCCAGACUGGAUGAUUAGCAAGAUGAGAUUUUCAAUGGAAUCUGCAAAAAGUUCCAACAAACGAGGACGUUCCAAAGGAGUGUUUCAUGUGCCAAGUCCAGUUACUAGCAUUGAUGAAGAUUGUAGUAGUAUAGCGGAAGAUAUGGAGGAUGAUACGACUUUGCCGUUUUCAUCAAUUCGUACGGAAGAUCAAGAAAGUUAAUAAACUUUAGUGCCUAUUUGUGAUACCUUCAAACAUUUUACUUUUCUUCUGUCUAUUGUACAAAUUGACUCUUUCGAAAUCUGCAAACUCUUUUGUAAACCUGCAUUAUUUAGGAAUGUGUUUAUUAAUUAGUGAACCUCUUUACCAACCUUUUCAACGAAGUCUUGAGCUUUCUGUUUAUUAAUGGGAAAAUGGAAUGUUUUAAUUAAGAAUACAUAUUUUAAUUAUUUUUCGAAAUACAAACUUAAAUCAUUCUA